GCACCUGUAUCUAUCAGCCUAAAAAAAUGGUUAAUGCAUGUCACAUGUAGCAUCACUCCACAAUUUCCACAGGUUCACUGGUGAGUUAAAAGGAAAAUUAACAAUUGCAUCAUGUGUUCGUUGUGAAAUUUCAAAUGCAAAUUGUAAGGCGACUGCCACAACACACACGUAUUACAUUGACUGGAACUAUUAAGGAGAGCUGGCGAUGGUACACUUUUUGGAUAUAAUUGCUUUUGAUCAUUUGUUCCACAAAGUCAUCAUUAGCCCUUUGGGUCUCCUAAGUGUAAAUGUUUAUAGCCAUACAUGGUUCCUCCCAGCAAUGGGUGGGCAACUCUAGCAUGUUUGUUGUUUCCCCACUCCAAUACGCUUGGUUCACCAGCUCAUCAAGCUCUGCAGAAGCCUGCAAAUGACCUGCUGAUGAGUGUUAAAACGGGGUAAACACUAACAUGCUGGAUGACGGCUCUCCUCCCCUCAGGAAAGGGCUUUGUCCACCCCCGAUCUAAAACCAACACUUCUCCCAACAAACUCUAGAAGUGUGUAAAUCUGUGCUGUCAUUUGUAGUGGAUAGUCUGUUUGUGUUGUCUUGUACAAAUCCCAUCUGUACAGUCUUUCUGUUUUAUAUUUGUAUUUUAUCUUGUGUGGAUAUGCUUUCAUUCAAUAACUUGCACCUGGGAGACCAUCAUGGGACAUUAAAGAACAGGUUUCUACUCAAAAAAUCAAUACUCUAUAUUAGAUUAUAAUUAUUUUUUCUAGCUAAGGUUAUGUUCUCAAAUAAAUUAUUCAUGUUAAAACACCGGAAGUAUACUUUUAUUGUGAAAGCACCUCGUAACUUGGGAUCCUGUUUGCAACAAAGCCACGGGGCUAGCUGGCCGCUACUACAAUCCGUUUUCAUGGAUUAGGUUUGUAUAUUCGAAUUAUUUUCUAUCAACGCUAAUUGCAAUAUCGCUAUAAUUUUCAUGUAGUUAAUGGAUUUGGCUCUUUUACUCUGUAGCUUCACUUCUAGCUGUUAAAGAGUGGGGCGGUGUAUUAGGCAAAUAUGUUUCAGUGGGUGGCUGCGUCAAUGCCUGAUCAAAACACCUCUAACGUAACUAAACUAAUUUCAAAUGUUCUUGUUUUCACUCCUGAGAUAUGGUUGCAAUUUAAUGAAUCACAUUUGUUAGAAAACGGCCAGUUCAACUUACGUAAUGUCUUUCUGAUGUGGAAAGAAAAAUUUACGAACGUAGCUCCGUUGCUGCAAGUGUUUAAUGUAAUAUUUUCAAACAGGCCCAGCAUUUUUAAUAUUAUUAAUGCAUGAAGUGUCAAUCAUAGACAUGAAUACGUAUAUAUGCAUUUAUAUCUCAGGUCCUCCUCGUAAAACCCAAGACAUUUAAAUAAAAAAUAUAUUCAAGAGAUAUUUGUGUUAAAAUGACUGCUGGUUGUUGAUUAGUUGUAAAUGAGGAAAAACUGGACUAUGCUAUCAGAACUAAGUAAAAUAUCUAAGUGUGAAAUAUUCUUUAAAUGACUGAAUAAAAUAAAAAUGUGCUUCUUCAUCUAGCUUUAUUUACAAAAUGAUUAAAAAGUAUAUUUAUAGCAUGUUUGAAUUAAAAAAAGACUUUAUGUCAAAUACUCUGAUGUGGAGAGACCAGCUUGUCUGAGCGUAGCCUUUAGGAGGCAGAUCUCAAGUCUGGCCUUGGUUUGCUUUUUUUGUGGUUAUUCUGUAAUCAUUACUUGCAUCACUAAUAAAUAUUCUAAAAACAACAAUAUUUUUGAUUGUGAUGAAUAUAUCAAUUAGUGACAGAAUAGAAUUGAUUGUUUAUGGUGAAUUUUGACAGCUGUUAGGGGGAUUAUUUUAUUAGGAUAAACUUUACUUUGCUGUAGGCCUUUGCUGAAAGGCUGAACACGUUAAAGCCUACUUAAUCACUGUAGCCUGAUGGAAGAACAAAUACAAUUAAAAUCUUAUAUAUAAAUGGAUAUCUUGUAAGAUACUGCAUAAUCCAAAUAUAGUAUUAUUUGAUAUAUUUUUAAAGUUUUCAUUACAUGUUGGGUAUGAAAUCCACGCUGAAUCCACCCUUCUGAUGGGAUCACUUUAAUCCAGAUUUUUUGGAUCAAAGUGAUCCAAAUCCUACAAAAAGUUCUGAAUACACCAAAAUAAAGGUUUGAUCCGAAUCAAAACCAAGAUUGGAUUACGUGAUCUAAUAUGUAAUCCUUUUUUCUUUUGAAAAACCCCAUUUUCAAGAUUUGAUCCAACCUGUUUUUCAAAAUCCUAGCGGAUUUUGAAAAACUGGGCCCAGGCGAGAUACAUUUACAUCAUAUGGGUUUUGCUUGAGAAUGAAGUGAAAGCAAGUUAGGGGUUGUAGGUGAUGGACAAAGCUAUAUAAACGUAGCAGUGAUUGGUAAAAAAAAUUGCACAUAUGCAUUGUGCAGGUAUUGGUUUAUUCUGCAUUAACUGUGCAUCCCUGGAUGAUCUGAUUAACUAUGCAUGUCAGUCUGGACUUAGUUCUCAAUGCAACUUUGUGUUACACAACAAAAACAGACUUUUAUAUAAAUCGCUGAGUUCUUGAAAAGUCCUAAAGCAGCAAUUGAGAGUUUUCCCCUUUCAGGAAUUACCGUAUUUACCCGAAUAUAGGACGACCCCUAUUAUAAGACGACCCCCCCCCCCCCCUUUUGCAUAAUUGUUAAUAAAAAAAAAACUCGUCCUAUAUUCGGGUAAUUACGGUAUUUAGGGGUUCACAAAAGGGCAGCAGUAGCUCAACAGGUUGAGCGGGUUGUCCAGUAAUCGAAAGGUUGCAGGUUCGAUCCCGGCUCCGGACAGAGAAUUCUGCUGUUGUGUCCUUGGGCAAGACACUUAACCCACCUUGCCUGCUGGUGGUGGUCGGAGGGAUCGGUGGCGCCUGUGCUCGGCAGCCUCGCCUCUCAUCUCCACCAGUGUAUGAAUGUGUGUGUGAAUGGAUGAAUGAUACACUGUAGUGUAAAGCGCUUUGGAGUCCUUACUCUGAGAGGCGCUAUACAAGUGCAGGUCAUUUAUCAUUUAUCAAAAGUGAUAGUCUUAUCCUGUACUGUGAUAUAAUGCAGGCAAUAGAUUUUUGGGUGAAUCUGCCCUUUUUUCUUAUGUAUUACUUCUCUGGAAUGAUUUUCAAAACACUAGCAGACUUCAGACACUUGCUUCUCCACAUUUCUGUAAAGACGUGGAACGUUUAAUCAAUAGAUUUGCAGUGGUUUCUAGUAGGAGUGAAUGCCUGUAAGUCAUACUCUGGGGAAACAAGCUCCGGCGCACCAGUUAGAGGAAGUAGAAAGUGGAGAAGAGUUUCUGACGGCAAGUUUUAGACUCCUGUUUUCUGAUAUCUGGACAUGUCUCCUCUGAAUGGCUAAAAGCAACACGGCUCUACCACUGACUCUGUUUGAUCUGCAACGUUGAUGUUUUAUCUCCACAAAUACUACAAGUCUGGAGGAGUUCUGCUGCGUGGUGGAGCUACUAAUGGUUAGCUUCUACUAGUUGAGACAUUGUCUGCUGUUUCCUGGAUGCUAAAACAACAGUCUUCCCCAUCAUGAGUGAAGAUGGCCUCAUGGACCCGAGGUCCUGCUGCUCUUAAAAGUGUGAUGUCUGUCUCCACCAAGGACAUCGUCCUCCCCCACAAUAUUCAGCAGAUGGUUCUCAUUAAAGAAGAAGCUCCUGAAGAAUGGAGCCCUGAUGCGGAGCAGCAGGACUCAGAACCCCUCUACAUAAAGGAGGAAGAAGAGGAAGUCUGCACCAGUCUGGAGGGAGAGCAGCUUGGUGUGAAGGUGGAGACUGAUGCCAACACCACAACUCAUUUUAAAAGUGAAGGGGAUGAAGAGAAACCUGUGUUGUCACAGGUUCAUCAUCACCAUAUUGAAGUUGGAAGUCAUCCAACCAGGGGCUCAGAUGACCAGAUGAUAGCAGAAACUGGCAGAGAGGACUGUGGAGGAGCAGAAUCAAGCAGGAACAUAGAUCUUAAGACUCACAGAGAUUGUUCCAAUUCUUCAGAGACCGACGUCAGUGAGGAUGAUGAAGAGGAUGAGGAAGUGAACUGUCCUGACUCUCAGCUGAAACAUUAUUCAGAUUUAGGGCAUACAUCUGAAGACGGUGAUAAUGACUGGAGGACUACUAAUUCAGAUACAAACAUGGUCACCAAAUCUUUGAAAUGCUCUAAGUGUGAUAAACUUUUUGUCAAUAAUCAGUCAUUUCUUAAACAUUUAACAAGUCAUUCAAAACUAAGGUCAUCAAAUGGGGUUAUAAGAAAUAAGAACUGUUCAAGAAGGAAGACAAAUGUAGACUCACCUGGAAAAAUCUUUGUAGCACAGAAAUCAUUCAGUUGUGAAAACUGUGGUAAAAGAUUUACCCAAAACGCAAAUCUAAAAAGGCACAUGAGAGUUCACACAGGAGAGAAACCUUUUAGUUGUGAUAUUUGUGGACAAAGAUUUACUCAAAAGACAAAUUUAGUUACACACAAGAGAAUCCACACAGGCCAGAAACCGUUUUCUUGCGUUUUAUGUGGACACAGAUUUAGCCAUGAGGCAAACUUGGUUACACACAAGAGAAUUCACACCGGGCAGAAGCCAUUUACUUGUGUUGUAUGUGGACAGAGAUUUACCCAAAAGACAACGUUAGACAAGCACAUUAGAAUUCACACAGGAGAGAAACCAUUUGGUUGUGAUGUCUGUGGACAACAUUUUAGCCUCAAGGCCAAUUUAAAAAUGCACAUGAGAAUUCACACAGGGGAGAAACCUUUUGGUUGUGAUCUUUGUGGACAAAGAUUUACACAAAAUACAAAUUUAGUUACACACAAGAGGAUCCACACAGGCCAGAAACCAUUUGCUUGUGUUGUAUGUGGACAAAGCUUUAGCCACAAAACAAAUUUAGUUACACACAAGCGAAUCCACACAGGAGAGAAACCAUUUACCUGUGUUGAGUGUGGACAGAGAUUUACCCAAAAGACAACUUUAAACAAACACAUGCAAAUUCAUACAGAAGAUAAACUCAAUUUAACUUUAUUUAUGUAGCACAUUUCAAAUGCACUCAUGAAUAAAUUUGUCAAUGAAACAUUCUAAUGGAAUUGGCUAUAGUCAUUAAAGUUUAACAAUCUCCUCUUCUCCUGGGUGACAUCAUGCUACAGACCCCAGCUUUAAGCAGCGAAUGAUGAGCAAGACUUCAAUAUGGCUUUGAGGAGGUUCUGGUCCACCAUCCGGUGCCUCAGAAGGGGAAAGCAGUGUGCUAACAGCACUGUCUUUAGUGGGGACAGUGUGCUGUUGACCUAAAAUCGGGACAUAGUGGAUCGGUGGGUGGGGUACUUCAAAGACCUCCUGAAUCCCACCAGCACUUCUUCCAGUGACUCGGGGGAGUUUGGGUUGGGCCCUCCAAUCUCUGGUGCUGAGGUCACUGAGGUGGUCAAAAAGCCUCUCUGUGACAAGGAUGAUAUCCGCCCAGAGUUCCUUAAGGCUCUGAAUGUUGUGGGUCCGUGUUGGUUGACAUGGCUCUGCAGUAUCGCAUAGAGAUCGAGGCAGUUUCACUGGAUUGGCAGACCAAGAUGGCGGCCCCUCUAUUUAAAAAGGGGGACUUCAGGGUCCGUUCCAGUUACAGGGGGAUCACACUUCUAAGCCUUCCUGGUAAGGUCAAUUCCCAAAUUUGUCCUUCAUUUUCUUCCACCGCUUCAUGCGGUCGCCACCUCUAAACCCAUGUUUUCCAUCAUUUCCAUUCACGUUUGCUCCCUAUUUUGUACUCCUUCAGUCACGGAUGAAUAAACCUUCAUAUUUUCAGACUUUUUCCGCGAUGCGUUCUUCAAUCUGUUCUGGGUCUGCCGCUUAAUAUCUCUCUACUUUUUAACAGAGCCGCUGACAAAUUUACAAGAAGCGGCGUCCUGACCAAUCGCAAGCUUGCGGCCUCCCACAUUCGACGGGUGUUAAAAAAUUUGGGCAUGUCUCUGUCACCCUCUGUGAGCCUGUCGGAGAGCACUUGCGCUGACGCAUAAUGGCGUUGCGUGUCUCCGCACGGAUGCAGAUGGAGAAGUAUAAAUCAGGCUUUAGAGAUAGGAUGAGAAGCUCAGUCAUCCGGGAGGGGCUUGGAGUAGAUCCGCUGUUCCUCCACAUUGAUAGGAGCCAGUUGAGGUGGCUCAGGCAUUUGGUUAGGAUGCCUAUAAAUUUACUGAACAUUCUGUAUAAACUGUUAAGAUGAAUAAUCUGGGGGGUGAAGCGUAUAACUGCUUGUUUCCUUAAAUAGCAAAUUGUAUGUUAGACUCCCAUGAACCAAUAUUUAAAAAAGCCUAAUAGAAACUCGUUUAAAAAUGUUUUAUUACACAUACAUAAAUAAUUUAAGCUGUUAAAGUCAUUUUUGUGAGAAAUUAAAAAAAAAUUUCUUCUUUGCCAAACCAAGUGACGUCAGUUGAGGGAGUCCUGUUAGCUCAAUCCAGAGAAAACUAUGAAUUCUAAUGCGGCUCUGACACAGAGGAAACUUUAAAUGUUUAUCAUUCUACUUCUGAUCGUCCAAAACCAUAAAGUUAUGAGUUUGCUGCAUGCCCCUGAGAGCAGAGACAAACCAGAGGGAGAAACCAUCGGCCAAAGCAGAGAGAUUGUGCUGCGAUGUGAGAAGCAGUGGGGGGGGGGGGCAGCUUGUCAGUUAACAUCACAACACUGUACAGAUUACUAUCAUGUACCAGACAAUUACAAUAGUAUUGGUCAGUUAAUUGAAUAUUAAUAAUUGACAAUUAUAACUUAAUGAGCGUCUGUCAACUGUCCCAUACUCGUUAAUUUCCAUUCACGUAACGUAGUUUAGCGCUUAGAGAGAGGGAGAGAGAUACCUGUCAUCCGGUUCUGGAGCUCAAGCGGGCUUCUGUGAGCUGGAUCUGACCCAGACACCAGCGAGCCAGUCGAGCUGAUAUUUUUAAAAGCUGCACAUGAUCCUCUCCCGGAUGUCUGUGACAGUUCUGAUCUGGUUCUGACCCAGAAACCAGCUCGACUGGCCCGCUGAGCUGAGAGAGAGAGAGAGAGAGAGAGAGAGGCCUGUCGUUCGAUUCUGGAGCUUAUGCGGGCUUCUGUGAGCUGGAUCCGACCCAGAAACCAGCUCGACUGGCUCACUGAUAUUUUUAAACGCCGCACAUCCUCUCCUGGUGGUCCAGGCGGCGGUCCUUAUCUGGUUCCGACCCAGAAACCAACUUGACUGGCCCGUUGGUUCUGAUCUGGUUCUGACGGUGAUCUGAGCUCCAGACAUCUGCAUUUAAUUUUUUUAACCCCGCCACAGGUAUCCGGAGCCCAGCGCGGACCUCUCUGUCCCGGUUCCCGUCUUUACAGCUGCACAAAAUGCCCUCAGGCACGGAGAUAGAGUAGAGGCGUUGUUUCCCUUAUCUGGCAACUUGUGGAUUCGAUGUCAAGACAUGCUGGAGUUGGUACAGCCUUCACACACUAGUUUACCAACAUGAACACAAUCCAACACUAGUAAACACACACACUGACUGGAUAACAUGACUUCUACCCUAAAACUACCCACUCCACACUGAGCUAAGGCAGCCAAGCUUCUAAGUCCCUUUGGUUACGUCAGAGGUUCAGAUUUAGAAAAAAGAGCAUUUUUAGAAGCUUUGCUGAGAAAGGCCACUUUUAUUAGAAAAACUCUGCUGUUAAAUGAAAUAUCCACAAUAAGCUUUUCAAAUAGUAUUUUUGGGACAGUAUUUUAUAUGAAUUAGAAAAAAAUUAACCUGUAAUUUGCUCUUUAAUGUGACAACAUUGAAAUGGCUCAUUCUGAAAGGUAUUAAAAAUGUCAAAAAAUAAAGCUGCUGAGAUUGCUUUGAAGCUGCACAGA